AUGGCUGACUCCCUCACCGAAGAGCAAGUGUCUGAGUACAAGGAGGCAUUCUCCCUGUUUGACAAGGAUGGCGAUGGACAAAUCACCACCAAGGAGCUUGGCACCGUCAUGCGCUCGCUGGGCCAGAACCCCUCCGAGUCUGAGUUGCAGGAUAUGAUCAACGAGGUUGACGCCGACAACAACGGCACCAUUGACUUCCCUGAAUUCCUCACCAUGAUGGCUCGUAAGAUGAAGGACACCGAUUCCGAGGAGGAGAUCCGCGAGGCAUUCAAGGUUUUCGAUCGCGAUAACAACGGUUUCAUUUCCGCCGCCGAGCUGCGCCACGUCAUGACUUCCAUCGGUGAGAAGCUGACCGACGACGAGGUUGACGAGAUGAUCCGCGAGGCUGAUCAGGAUGGUGAUGGCCGGAUCGACUACAACGAAUUCGUUCAGCUCAUGAUGCAAAAAUAA